AUGACAGUGUAUCAACUCAUUGUUCACAGUGAAUUUAACAAGCGCUACUUCAUGGGCAGCGACAUCGCCCUGUUGCAACUGCAUCUGUCUGUGAACUUUACUUCCCACAUUCUCCCCGCCUGCCUCCCAGGGCCAACCACGAAGCUGCCCGUUCACAGCAGCUGCUGGAUCACUGGCUGGGGGAUGAUCACCGAGGAUGAUUUCCUGGCCUCACCAUUGCAGCUGCAGGAAGGAGAGGUUGGCAUUGUUGACAGUGAGGUCUGUAAAAUGUAUUUCCAAUCGCCAGACUCCAGCAGCAGUGAAUAUUCUAUACACGAGGAUAUGUUUUGUGCCGGGGACCUCAUGACAGGAAAGUCUAUCUGCCGAGGAGAUUCCGGGGGCCCCCUGGUCUGCAAGCUGAACAGUAGUACUUGGUUUCUGAUGGGGCUGUCUAGCUGGAGCCUGGCCUGCCGCUACCCCAUAAGCCCCAGCGUCUUCACCAGGCUCACCUACUUCUCCAGCUGGAUCAAUGAGAAGCAGAGGACCUCGCCCAAUCCCGAACCUUCUUUUGCUCCUCCUCAGGAAAAACCUCCUAUUUUGAGUGACUUCACUUCUCUGGGCACCGUCCAUAAGCCCAGCACCUGCAUGACCCUUGUGUUUUCACAGACCCUCCUCCUGCUGCUGAUUUCCCUAAGGACUCUGUGA